AAAGACAUCAUGAGUUAUUGAUACUUUAUUCCCUUUGGAACUUCCACAUGCUAAUGUAUUAAAUGUUCAAAGCGACACAAUUCAUUUAAAGAAAAAAUCUGACAUAUAUCUCUCUUUUUUCUUCUUCCUAGAAGGUUUUAUUACCUUGAACUUUUACAAAAUUUUCAUCUGACAAAUCAGGAUCAGAAAAUGUAGUCAAGAGGACCAAGUAAGAUCCCAUGCUUAAUGGUAAGUUUUCGAAGAAGAAAAGAAUACCUGUCUUCCCCCACAAGGCACUUAAUAUUGAGUUCCAAACCAGACAACUCAUGCAAAGUAUAUUUAACCUUGCUUUUCCUAGGUUUCUUCCCUUUCAAAUAAGCACCAACCACUGAUUAUUAGUUUGAUAACAAAGCAUUGCUAAUAAAAGGGGAGUUAGAUAUCAGAAAAUUCUUUCAUUAGAAUGGAAACUUUGAUGAAGCAGAUAAGAGGAGGAGAAAAAAGCUGAUCUGGGUGGUAGCAGGGAUCAGAAAGUUACAACAAAGAAAACUCCAUCCUUCAAAGAUAAGAAAAAGGUCCAGAGUUGGUUUCAGAGACAAUUUUCAAGAAGCAUGAGUCAUGAUUACGACUCAUUAGAAAUGGAGCAUGCCACAGCAGUAGCUGCUGCAACAUUUGCAAUUUUUUCACAGGAGAUUUCACAAAUUCCGCAACAAAAGAAAACGAGGGAUAAUCCAGCUUUGAACAAGGCCAAAAGCAAGGUGGAUGACACAAAACCUCCAAUUUUUCAGUUUGGUGGUACAUCCAAGCGAUUCUCAGGCUCAUUUAAACCCAUCAAUGACCAAGGUAACAAGGCUACUGAGGACUUAAAGAGGCCUGAAAAAGCCUUUUACCCUGGACCAUCGAUGAGAAGGAGUUCAACUUUUGAUGAAAAGUCAAAGAGCACCACAGAUAAUAGAAAACCUGUGAUCCUUGGCCCAAAGAGGACUCCAACUUUUGGUGAUGACCACUUGGUGAACACUGAUGAAAUACAACCUGAGACCCCACAACCAAAAGUUCCUCCACCAGUUCACCAGCCUGUGUCCUUAAGGCCGCUGCCGCCACCACCACCGCCGCCGCCGAUCAGGCAGAGUUCAGCUUCAGUGAGAGCAGGUGCCAGAGAAACAAAAGCAGAUGCUUGGGAGAGGGAGGAGCUGGAAAAGAUCAAAGAAAGGUAUGAGAAUUUGUUAGAAACAAUAGAUUCGUGGGAAAAGAGGAAGCAGAUGAAAGCAAGACGCAAGCUAAAUAAGUAUGAGCAAAGUGAAAGUCAGAAGAAAAGGGAGAAAGGGUUGAAGAAAUAUCAAGAUAAGAUGAGCUAUAUAAAUCAGAUUGCAGGUGGAGCAAGAGCUCAAGCAGAGGAAAGACGAAGGAAUGAAGUGUUCAAAGCAAAAGAGAAGGCAAAUAUAAUUAGAACAACAGGCAAGAUUCCAGGGCCAUGUUCCUGCUUCUAAUAACAACAAUUAUAUACGUACAUAUUACAUAACAUCACUGAGUUUGGACAUAACAAAUACAGAUAUGUAACUACUUGUUUCACAAUUCUAUGAUUUCUAACUGUACAGCUCUCAGUUCUCAUUUGUAGUGGGAUGAUUUUCCAUUAUACCUUAAAAAAAAAAUUAAAAAAAAAAAGGAGGGGAGAUCAGAUUCUGUAAAA